AUGGCCCUGGAACAGGCAUUACAGGCGUCGCGUCAGGGGGACCUAGAGACCCUGAAAGCGCUGCAACGGGCCGGCUCGUUGCUGCCCACUCUGCGUGACCCGCUAGAUGCUCUACCGGUGCACCACGCAGCCCGGGCGGGCAAACUGCACUGCCUGCGCUUCCUGGUGGAGGAGGCGAACCUGCCCGCCACUGCCCGCGCCAGGAACGGAGCCACUCCGGCCCACGACGCCGCAGCCACUGGGCACCUCGCCUGUCUUCAGUGGCUCCUCACACAGGGCGGCUGUGGAGUGCAGGACAAAGACAAUUCUGGUGCCACAGUCCUACAUCUGGCUGCCCGGUUUGGUCAUCCUGAGAUAGUGGACUGGCUGCUUCGCUAUGGAGAGAGCGACCCUGCCUCAGCCACAGACACCGGAGCCCUGCCCAUUCACUAUGCUGCCGCCAAGGGAGACUUCCCCUCACUUCGACUUCUUGCAAGCCACUAUCCAAAGGGGAUAAGUGCCCAAACCAAGAAUGGUGCCACACCCCUCUACCUGGCCUGCCAGGAGGGCCACCUGGAGGUAACACAGUACCUGGUACAAGAGUGUGAGGCUGACCCACACACACGUGCCAGUGAUGGGAUGACCCCUCUCCACGCUGCUGCUCAGAUGGGCCACAGCCCCAUCAUUGUGUGGCUGGUGAGCUGCACUGAUGUCAGCCUUUCAGAGCAAGACGAUGACGGGGCCACUGCCAUGCACUUUGCUGCCAGCCGGGGCCACGCCAAGGUGCUCAGCUGGCUGCUGCUGCAUGGCGGGGAGAUAACCACUGACUUGUGGGGUGGGACCCCCCUGCACGAUGCUGCUGAGAACGGGGAGCUGGAGUGCUGCCAGAUCCUAGUAGUGAAUGGGGCAGAGCUGCACCUCCGGGACCGGGAUGGUUACACAGCUGCCGACCUCUCGGACUACAAUGGUCACAGCCAGUGUACCCGCUACCUUCGCACUGUGGAGAACAUGAGUGUGGAACACCGAGUCCUGUCCCGGGACCCAUCUGGGGAGCCGGAAGGCAAGCAGCCAGACUCGGGCAUGUCUUCACCCAAUACCACCAUGUCAGCUCAGCCCCCACACUUCGACCUCUGCUCUCCCACCAGCACUCUCUCCAACUAUGACUCAUGUCCCUCCAGUCGCUCCAGCACCCGAGGCCACCUGGGGGGCCCAGGGCCUAGUGAUCCCUGUGGGCUUCGAAACUCAACUGUCACAGACAUGCAGACCUACAUGGACAUGCUGAAUCCCGAGAUGGGCCUUCACGGCAGGAAGAAGGGAGGUCCCACCACUCCACCGCCCCCACCCAGCUUCCCUCCACCACCCCCUCCCCCUGGCACUCAGAUGCCCCCACCCCCUCCAACCUAUCCAGCUCCCAAGCCCCCCAGUGGGCAGCACACAGCUGAUAUCUACGUUCAGGCCAAGAGCAAACUUCGGCAUGUGGAGAAAGAGGCCUUGAAGAGGGAGCUGAGCUCCCGCGACGGCCACGACGGGCUGCUGCGGGUGGACUCGGGCCGGAAGUCCCGCAACUUUGGCAAACAGCCCAGCACCGGGGACUAUUACCGCCAGCUCGGCUACGGCCCCGGGGAGCCCCUGGCAGCCAGUCUGGGGAUGGCCCAUAGCGAGGAGGUGAGAGCCUCGCAGCCCAGCCCAGCCUUAUCCCCGUCCCGUCUCGCCCCCGACCCAGGGGGCUUUACCUCCACCUGCCCCCAGUCCCCACGUGCCGCUCUCCUCUCCGGUAGCCAGGUGCACAACGGCAGUGUCGCAGACCACAGGGUGUCCAGGGACCUACCUCCCCCGCCCCCGCCCCCACCCUUGCCCGAAGUCCUAAGUGCACCACCCCCACCGCCACCUCUGCCCAUCGAAGGGUCCGGUCCUGUUUGCAGCCAGCGCCGCUCCUCCUCUUCUACGGGCAGUACCAAGUCUUUCAACAUGAUGUCCCCAACGGGAGACAACUCUGAACUCCUGGCAGAGAUCAAAGCAGGAAAGAGCUUGAAGCCAACACCACAGAGCAAGGGCCUCACCACAGUCUUCUCGGGCAGUGGACAGCCCGCUUCUCUGACAGAUGCUCCGCCCCUGUCUCCAUCACUGUCUCGAGCCAGGAGCCCCACUCCACCAGCUAGCUCCAUUCCUGGGGCAGGGGGAGGCCCCCAUCAGCCUGUCCUCAAUGGCAGCCUGGCCCCACCAUUGACUCCGGCACAGAACAUACAGCUGGAUGUCGAGACUCUGAUUCCCACACACGAUGAGCAGGGGCGCCCCAUUCCCGAAUGGAAGAGGCAAGUGAUGGUGCGAAAACUACAGAUGAAGAUGCAGGAGGAAGAGGAGCAGAGGCGAAAGGAUGAGGAGGAGGAAGCCCGUCUGGCCAGCAUGCCUGCCUGGAGGAGGGACAUCCUUCGGAAGAAGAUGGAGGAGGAAAGGGAGCAAAAACGAAAAGAGGAGGAGAAACUUAGGCAGGAGGAGGAGCGGCGGGAGAAGGAGCAAUCGGAGAAGCUCAGGACACUGGGGUAUGAUGAGACCAAACUGGCGCCCUGGCAGAGACAGAUAAUCCUGAAGAAAGGAGACAUUGCGAAGCACUAGGUGCUGCAAGGGACCUCCCUCCUCCCGCCCCUGCCCCAGCCUUUGCUGUGACUCUCCCAGCCGGCCCCUCCCUCAGAGCUGCUGGGGCGGGGGCCAGAACUGGGGAUGGAGGAUCAGG